CUCUGAGUGUUUCUAAAUUGUGAUCCCCAUAGGUAAUCCCCAUAGGCUCUGAGAAUGGAGACAUUGAGAAAGUUUCUGCUGCUGUUGAUGCUGUUGGCCAGUAUACCUGUGCGACUCUGUGAUACAGAUCCUCAAGAUGUGGCUGCUCUCCAGUCUUUCAUCAGUGGAUGGCAGGACUUCCCAUCAAACUGGAAAGCAUCAAAUGAUCCAUGUGGUACACCAUGGGACGGGGUUAUGUGCGACAAGGGGCGGGUGACGUCACUGAGGCUUUCAGGCAUUAUUGACGCUCAAGGCACAUUAAGCAACAGCAUAGGCCAACUCAGUGAGCUUGUUUACCUGGAUCUCUCCUACAACAUUGGAAUUGGUGGCCCACUGCCUGAUGCUAUCGGGAAUCUCAAGAAGCUUAAAACACUGUAUGCCUACAUGACCAUUAGCAAAUCCUUAUCUUGCAUAUUUGGGAUACAUCAAUCACUGGCCUACCCUACUGCAUUGUACUUCUCAGGAUCUUGGCUGGCUGCAGCUUCACAGGAGGCAUCCAAGGCGCUGAAUUCAAACAACUUCACAGGCGGAAUUCCUCCAUCGUUUGGUUUACUCUCAAACCUCUUUUGGCUAGACCUGGCAGAUAACCAGCUUUCUGGACCUAUUCCAAUUUCCUCAGGUGGUUCUCCAGGACUUGACCUACUUACACACACCAAACAUUUCCAUUUUAACAAGAAUCAGUUAAGUGGUAGUCUUGCUGGCCUCUUCAACUCUAGCAUGAUCCUCGAGCACAUAUUAUUUGACCACAAUCAAUUGUCUGGUCCUAUCCCGCCUGAGCUUGGUGGCAUCGCAACCCUCAAAAUCAUCCGAUUAGACAGGAACAAUUUCACAGGAGAAGUUCCAGCCAACAUCAGCAAGCUAGACAACCUAAAUCUCCUCAAUUUAGCAAACAACCAGCUGAAUGGGACAAUACCAGAUCUCAGUAGCCUGAGCAAACUAAACGUGGUGGACUUAAGCAACAAUUUGUUCGAUCCAUCAGUAGCACCGAACUGGUUCUCAACUUUACAGUCUCUUACUUCAGUUAUACUAAGCAACAACGCACUGAAUGAAACACUAGAGAUGACUGGCAACAUCACCCAACAACUGAAGAUUGUGAAUCUCCUUAACAAUCGCAUAUUUGCAGUCAACAUAACACCAAGCUACAACAAGACCCUUGUACUUGUGGGGAAUCCUGUGUGCUUGGAUUCAGAUUCCUCGAGUCGCUUCUUUUGCAGCCUUCAGCAAGAGGGCCUGAUAUCAUACAGCACCGAUAUAACCCAAUGUGGUUCAACCACAUGUUCCGGUGAUCAAAGUCUAGACCCUGCAACUUGCAGUUGUGCCUAUCCUUACACAGGCAAGAUGAUCUUCAGAGCGCCAUUGUUCGCUGACCCGAGUGACAGAACGACUUUUCAGCAACUGGAAACUAGUCUCUGGAAAGAGCUGGGACUGCACCCUGGUGCAGUUUUCCUUUCUGAUAUCUAUUUCAGCAGUGAUGACUACCUCCAAGUCCAAGUAUCCAACAUCAUCAAUGUAAAUUAUGUCCAUGUUUACAUAAGAAAUUCACUGGUACUUCCUAUCUCAGGUGGUGCUGGCAGUGGGAAAUCUCAAAUGAGCAAACGUGCUAUAGCUGGAACUGCAGUAGGCUGCAGUUUUCUUCUGCUUGCCCUAAUGUCCGGGGCGACAUUUGCUAUACUGAAAAAGAGAAGGCCAGAACAAUCAUCAGGACGAGCAAAUCCAUUCGCUUCAUGGGGAGUUGCUCAAAAAGAUAGUGGAGGUGCUCCACAGCUCAAAGGAGCCAGGUUCUUCUCUUUUGAUGAACUGAAGAACUGCACCAACAAUUUCUCAGAAAAUCAUGAAAUAGGAUCAGGAGGCUACGGAAAGGUUUACAAGGGAACGAUUGAAGAUGGAACAGGUGUUGCAAUAAAAAGAGCGGAGUAUGGAUCAAAGCAAGGUGCGGUGGAGUUCAAGAAUGAGAUUGAACUGCUGUCCAGGGUUCAUCACAGGAACCUAGUAAGCCUGAUAGGAUUUUGCUAUGAACAAGGGGAGCAGAUGCUGGUGUACGAAUAUGUUUCUAAUGGUACAUUGCGAGAGAACUUGCAAGCAAGGGGAAUUUACCUGGACUGGAAGAAGAGGCUCAGGAUUGCUCUUGGCUCAGCUAGAGGACUAGCGUAUCUUCACGAACUUGCUGAUCCACCUAUUAUCCACAGAGAUAUCAAGUCCACAAAUAUCCUUUUGGAUGACAAUCUUAAAGCAAAGGUUGCUGAUUUUGGUCUGUCGAAGCUAGUUGCGGAUACCGAAAAGGGACACGUUUCUACUCAAGUCAAGGGAACACUUGGCUAUCUGGACCCCGAGUACUACAUGACGCAGCAGCUAUCGGAGAAGAGCGACGUCUACAGCUUCGGUGUCGUCAUGCUUGAGCUACUAAGCGCCAGGUUGCCCAUAACAAAGGGCAGAUACAUCGUCCGGGAGUUCAGGAUUGCCAUAGAUCCCAACGAGCACGACUACUACGGCUUGCAGGGCAUCAUCGACCCGGCCAUCCACGACGCCGCCAAGUCCGCCGGGUUCAGAAGGUUCGUGCAGCUGGCCAUGGAGUGUGUGGAGGAGUCGGCUUCAAAACGGCCCACGAUGAGCUCGGUGGUGAAGGAAAUCGAGACGAUGCUCCACAAUGAGGGCCUGAGCUCAUCCGGCUCGUCUGUCACGGAGUUCGAGCACGCAGGGCAAGCCACCGGAGGCCCAUACGGCGGUGCGGUGGUUGUGACCGGAUCGAGCAGCAGCAGCAGCAUCAUAUCGGAAGAACCAUCCCGGUCCCACCGUGGAACUCGGCACUAAGCUCCCCGCACGCUCUUUGCCUACUCGGUGGACAUUUUAUGGACAUUUUUUUUCCUAAUCAGUCGUUGGAACUUGCAAUCCGCCCAAAUUUGAAGGCCAUGGCUCGAAUGCCCGAUUGGCUUCAGACCAGAUCAACCAACGUCGACGGUGAAUUCGUCUGUGUAACGUUAAAUA